ACCUUUAAUUAUUUCCCACUCUCUCCGCUCGGUCUGGCCGACUCGCCCGCUCCACUAUACUCGAAAUUCCUGCCCGAAACGCGUAUAACGAAACUCUUUAUUCGCAUUUUAACCGUGUAUAGUCAACGACGCGCCGCGCCAGUCCCUGCCCGAACUGCACGAUGUCGCUUUUGGCGCGCUCGCACAGCCAAACGCAAAAACCCCAAUACAAAGACUACGUUACGUUCUUGGAGAGCUACAAGAAUGGAAAGAGGGACGAUCAGAACAGUGUCAUGUCUUCGGACAGUGGAAUAAACCUACCCUUAUCGCAUUCGUCCAGUAACUCGUCGAUUCUCAGUGAUAGUGUCCAGAAACCGGCUCCGAUCAAACCGAAACAGACCGUCAAAACGGAGAUGUUUAUCGAAAUCAAGUCUCCGCCGGUUAUUGCAAACAGCACGAAAGUUUUCGAGGUGAGCAAUAUAAACAACCCUUCUGAAGCGACGAUUUCUGUAAGCAGUACUGCAAAAAUGUUCGAAAAUAACUCAAGUUCCUUAAAGCCGAAAAACAGCUUCUCAAAGAAAACAAAGAUCGAAAAAAUAACGCAGAAGUUUGAGAAUAAUUCGCAAAGUGGUCAAGUCACUGCGAAACUUCCCCCAAAACGAGCACACAGUAUCGGUCAGGUAUCGAAGAUGUUCGAAAACGAAAGUGUAGUUGCAGCAAACAAACCAAGAAAUUUCAAUACCGUUCCUAAACCGUUCCAGAACACUACGCUACCAAAAAACAAUUUGGAACAUAAAGAAAAACCGGCUUUAUCACCAAGACCUCUAAUAACAUCUCCUAAACCAACGUUUGUUCCACAAUUUCCAAUUCCAUCACCUGAACCUCCAAAAUGUUAUUCAGACAGUACAGAUUCGGCGUUAUCAUCACUAUCCAUCUCACCUUCACCUCCACAGUCAAUAAGCCCACCUCCAAUUGCACCAUCCAUACCACCACCGCCUCCACCUCCGUUACCUCCAGUGAAUUUUUCCUCCAAACCCAUAUCUGCCACAACUGUCUCUAAACCUGUUCCUAUUCAAACCAACCAUUUUACUGAAACGGCGUUACCAAGUCAAGAGAAUGGGCAUAACGGAUUGGUUACUCCAAAUGGAACGUUGGAUAGAAACGAUCCAAGAGUGAAGAAGGCAGUAUAUGGAGCUUUAAGGACCAUGUACGGAGCUUACCAUGAUCAGGCCAACGACUACUUGGCAACGUUGCCGAAGAACAGAGUUAAAAGGAACAAUGGACUGGACAGUAUUAUUAAUAGUAUAGCAUCUCAAGGUGGAUUGGAGAAAUUAACCGGUAGGGGUAAUCCCAACACUGAAGCGGAGUAGAUGGUUUUUGAAACAUAGUAGAGUGUGUUUGAAUAAAAUACGUACAUCGAUCGAUUUCGAUAUUGUAUCGUUUUGGAAAUGGUUAUCUUGAAGGAUCUGAUUGUCCUGGUCUUUCGAGAAUAUUUAAAAUCUUCCGAACGAAUGAUUUCUUCGAAAAUGCUUUUCAAAUGCUUUGUUAAUAGCUCUUUAUUUUUUAUUAUUUCUUUAACUUACAUAUAUUAUGUAGCGUCUAAGAUCUUAGUAUCAGCCUAUUAUAGUUUUGGGCUUUCCUAUUAUAAGACUGUAUAUUUUUGCUGUUAUUUAACUUUUUUGUGUUUAAAUAAAACAUAUAUAUUACAAAA